AAGUGAAAAAUUACUUGUAAUGUACUCCAUCAUUAAGAUACUCAUAUAACAAUGUUUAGUAAACGACAGUAUUCUCAAAAAUUUAGAGAUUUCUGGCUCAAAGACCCUAUUUUAAAAGAUUGGUUACAAGUUGUAGAAGAUAAUGACGGCAAUAAAGUAGCUAAGUGUAGGGUUGCGGAAUCACUAUACAGAUUUAAAAAGUCAUACAACAACCAAAGAAAGAAAAUGCUAAGAUUAACACGGUUCAUCCAAAACUUCCUUUCAAACCAAUAUGUAGAUACUAAAGUAUCAAAAACAAAAGAGGCUGGGCUUUCAUUGUUUACAGCCAUGCACACGAGCGUAUGUGUGAUUGAUCAUUUAGGCCAGGCUAUUAAUCACUCUCUUACCAAUGAAGAGGAUAAAAUAAAGUUACAUCGAACAAAGUGUUCAAAUAUCAUCAUGAAUGUUUGGGCACCACAUUUCUCUGAUCUACUAAAAGAAGAUUUAAAAGGUCAACCUUACAGUAUCAUAAUUGAUGAAUCAAUCGAUAUUAUGAAAAACCUAGGAAUUGUAAUAAUCUAUUACAGUAAUCGUUUCGAGAAGGUCGUAUCUACAUAUUUAGAUUUAGUAAGGUUAAAUGACUGUGAUGCUAAUAGUAUUGUUUCUGCAAUUAAAGACGUUCUUCAGCGGUUUGAAUCACAAUUAAUAAAUAUGAUGGGUAUUGGAACCGACAAUGCAUCAGUUAUGACUGGUGUAAAUGAAGGUGUUUACGCUAAAUUAAAAAGAGAGGUCCCUCAUUUGAAUUUAAUCCGUUGUAUAUGUCAUUCACUACAAUUAGCCGUCUCCAGUGCUGCUAAACUGUUUUUACCACGAAAUCUAGAGUAUAUAAUUAGUGAAACUUACAAUUGGUUCUCCCGAUCUGUGUCAAGACAAGCUAAAUAUAAAGAUUUGUAUAAAGCAAUAAAUGAUGGAAAAACCCACUGAAGAUCGUGCAGUCCUCUCAAACUAGGUGGUUAGCAAUUGAAUCAGCUGUCUCACGGAUAUAUAACCAGUGGCUGGAGCUAAAAACUCAUUUUUCAAUUGCUAAAUUAGACGAAAGAUGUUACACGGCAGAAGUCUUGCAUGGGAUGUAUAACGAUGACAUUAACUUUGCGUUUCUUGCUUUUCUUUAUCCAAUACUUACUGAACUAAAUAGGGUUAAUAAAUUAUUUGAGUCAAAAGAUGCAGAUCCAACAAAACUAAGUGACGAGUUGGUGAAUUCAAAUGAGUUACUUGUUAAUAAGAUCAAACUGCCUACCCAAAGAGUGAAUAUUUUUACUCAAGACAUAAAUGAUUUCAUUGAUCCAACAUGUAAUUUAGGGUAUAGAUUUAAUACUGCUAUGACAAAAUUAAAAGAACAGGGACUAAAGUAGAGUGACGAGAAAGCAAUUCGUCAAAGAUGUAUAACAUUUAUUGUGAAUUUAAUUAUUGAAGUUAAAGUUCGAUUACAUAAUAAUGUCGGCAUAAUGAUCAUGAUCCCAAGGAUUAGUGUUGAUAGUACACUAAACCCUAACAAACAAGCUAUUACUGAUUUAAUCAAAUAUUUUAAUCACAAUAAGAGUGAAGACUUGAUUGCACAAAUAGACGACCAAUGGUAUCAAAUUCAUACCUUAAAGUGGAAUAAAUCUAAAGAUACUAAAAAGUUUUGGUAUGAAGUUUUGGCCUUUAAGGAUGCUCAAGGACAAAGAGGAUUCAAAAAAUUGGCUUCUUUUGCUAUGUUAACUUUGAUAUUACCUCACUCUAAUGCUGACGUCGAGAGACUUUUUAGUAAUAUGAACAUAAUCAAAAGUAAAAAGCAUAAGAAGUUGGAUCUACCAAUGUUGAGAUCACUGUUGAUAUUUUUUUGAACGGUAAAUUUCACGUUGUCUCGCCUUUGGUUUCGUUUGAAUCAUUUGCAGUUAUCUUUCAGUGUCACUUUAGAUUAUCGGCAUAUUGGUACCACAGAAAAUUGUUUGUUUACAGUAUAAUAUUUAAUAAUACAUAAAAAAUUGUAUUUUUACAGUAUAAUAAAUAAUAAUAUUUAAUAAUUUUCAACGUUCAUUUUGAGUAUUACAUAUACCGUUUUUUAAAGAAAAAUUAGAUUUGACCAACUUUGAGUGGAAUUUUUUUACAACUGCUCACGGAAAGGGUGCAGUAGACGGAAUUGGAGCUGUCAUAAAGAGAAAAAUUUGGCAAAUGGUGAAAGCUCAGAAUAUUUUUCUUAAUAACGCCCAUGAUUUUUUUAAAUUGGCAAAAAUUAAUAUAAAUGGUAUUUCUAUUUUAUAUGUAAGCAGUACAUAUAUAAAAAAUACAACUGCAUUUCUUUCGGAGAAAUGGGCUAACGUUAAGAUUCCCGGAAUAAAAAGCAGCCAUUAUUUUUCAUUUCUUAAUGAAAAUGAGCUCGAAAUAGCACUA